AUGGUCCUCUAUAGCUUCUACAUCUUCGAUCGGCACACCGAGUGCAUCUACUCGCGCCGCUGGACUCCUGCACGCCCAACCUCGUCCUCGUCCAAACCCACUACCGCUGCCGCCGCCGCCGCCCGCCCGACCUCUGGCAACUCGAUUGUAAGCAAUGGCGACGUCGUGGCUGCCGUCCGCAAGGGCAUGUCGCACUCGGACGACGAGAAGCUAGUCUUUGGCCUCGUCUUCUCCCUCCGCAAUUUUGUCACCAAGCUCGGCGGCGCCGACGAUACCUUUCUCUCGUACCGCACCGGCGAAUACAAGCUCCACUACUACGAGACACCCACGCGCAUGAAGUUUGUCAUGCUCACCGACACAAAGGUCAUCAACCUGCGCCAGUACCUGCACCAGAUCUGGGCCAACCUCUAUGUUGAGUAUGUCGUCAAGAACCCGUUAGCCCCCGUCGAGCAUCCCGGGGGCAUUGGAGUUGCCAAUGAGUUAUUUGAGCGGGGCUUGGAGGCCUUUAUCACCGCCGUCUUGCCUGUGUGA